ACGUAUCAGUGACGAGCAAUCCCGGAAGACGCGUCGUAACGUUAAAGCUGUCAGUGUGCGGGGAUACUACUUGCCAAAUUAACUCUAUUAUUUUCAGUUCAUUUCAUUCAGUAAUUUAUUUUUCAUCAUGUCUGCUAGAAAUCCAGGAAUGGAUCUUGAUCUUGAAUGGGUUUCGAAAGUCAGAGUCAACACUCAGGCUGUUCUUAAACGAGCUCAGCAGAUCCAGGGACGCAAAGUGGCCAAAAAACAGUGGCAGGCUGCCUGGCUGCUGAAGGCUGUCACUUGCAUUGAUCUGACGACGCUUGCUGGUGAUGAUACACCUUCCAAUGUCCAUCGACUCUGUAUGAAGGCCACACAGCCGAUCCGUCAUGAUCUGCUGAAGAGCAUGGACAUGCACGACAAAGGAAUCACGACUGCAGCAGUCUGUGUGUACCCUUCACGGGUGGCUGAUGCUGUGAAGUCUCUUAAAGCAGCCAACUCUAGUCUUCCUGUUGCAUCUGUGGCCACUGGUUUCCCUGCUGGACAAACGCCAUUGAAGACCCGUCUUGAGGAAGUACAGAUGGCCGUGGAGGAUGGUGCUACAGAGAUCGAUAUUGUCAUAAACCGGACUUUGGCACUCACUGGGCAGUGGACAGCUCUCUACGAUGAGAUCCGGCAGUUCAGAGAGGCUUGUGGAGACGCCCAUAUGAAGACCAUCCUGGCAGUGGGAGAGCUGGGAACCUUCACAAACGUCUACAAGGCCAGUCUGGUGUCCAUGAUGGCAGGUGAGAAUUUUUAUAAAACUUCAACUGGCAAGGAGUCUGUCAAUGCCACUUACCCCGUUGCCAUAGUAAUGGUGCGGGCCAUCCGUGACUACUACUUAAGGACAGGCUAUAAGGUGGGUUUCAAGCCCGCGGGAGGCAUCCGUACGGCACAGGAGUCCCUGGUGUGGCUGACCCUGAUGAAGGAAGAGCUUGGAGACGAGUGGCUCAGUCCUCACCUUUUCCGACUGGGAGCGAGUAGCCUGUUAGCUGACAUCGAACGGCAGAUUUACCAUUACGUGACUGGACGCUAUCCUGCAUAUCAUGAACUUCCUAUGGCCUGAAUCUGUGCAAAAUCAGGGGAGAUUUGAGCCAAUGAAAACUGUUCAGAUCAGCCAGUGAUGUAAUGGAAAGACGUCAUACCCGUUUAUGAGUUCAAUUAUAAAGAAAAGUCAUGAAAAGUCACCCAAAAAUGAAAAUUCUGUCAUUUAUUCAGUUAUUCCAAACCUGUAAAAUUUUUCUUUCUUUUUUUGAACACAAAAUAAGAUUUUUUGAAGACUGUUGGUAACCAAACAGUUGAUGGUAGCCAUUGACAUCCGUUGUGUGGACUAAAAAUACUAUGGAAGUCAUUGGGUACCAUCAACUGGCUACCAGCAUUCUUCAGAAUAUCUUUUUUUCAAUGGAAGAAAGUAACUCAUACAGGUUUGGAACAAGUAGAAGGGUGAGUAAAUGAUGACAGAAUUUGUAUUUUUGUGUGAACUCUCCCUUUAAAUGAAGUCCAGUAUCUAUCAUAAACUAAGACUAUAUUUUAUUCUAAUGUAAAAACUUGAGAUGUGAAUGUCUAAUUCAAGUUAUCUUGUAUAAUAAUUCAAACCCAAGAACAUUUCUGGAUUUCUGGAUGACAUGGUGCAACCUGAACCAUCAGAAGUAAAAGUGCUCACUUUACAUCAG